GGUGACAGCGAGAGCGCAGCCUAGGUGCCUGAGAGGGUGGACUAUGAUUUGUUGCACCUCCUGUGUUUUGCAGAUUUGUCCACGGGUUCUGCCGCUGGAACUGCGUUAGUGGAGGGUGAGACGGCUGUAGAUGUCUUCCUCCUCCACGUCCUCUACCUUGUCCUCUACCAGUUCUGACAGAUGUUUGACUGUGGAUAGUGUCACCUGGCAACAUCAUUCAUGAGUUCUUUCCAGCCACCUGUCCACCCAACUGCUUCAGAAGGCCACCCAGUAUACUUGACUGCUGUCAGUACUAUGCACUUCAUUUGAGGUACUCCCUAAAUUAAUAAUGGCUAUGAUAGAUGAAAAUGUGUCAUUGUUGCCUGCAGUGCAUCCAACAAUGGAAAGGUGUAACCUUGUUAGACACUCUGUUGUGUUGACUUUUUCUGAAGUGUAUAAACACAUGUCUCUCUUAAAAGGCAGAAGUAUUUAUGAUUACUGUAUACAAGAAAAUGCUCCAGGGUACAUUAAACAUGUUUUUUCAGUUGAAGAGAAUGACAUGGUCCAAACAAGCAUAGCUCCAGAACACCUAAACUUGAAGGUUUUGUACAAAUUAGUUAGGUAUGUGUGUGGUCUGGCUCCACGUGAGGAUGACACAUGGCACAACAAGGACUCGCUAGAGUUUCUCAUUAAUUCUGCUUGGGAACAAAUGGAAACUUUAAAUGAGGCUGCUGCCUUAACAGAUCAGUGUCUUAAUCACAGGCUUGACAUUCUGCAACAGUGUCUAGCAAAAAUUCUUGACAAAGUUCAGGAAAUGAAGCAGGUAGAUGUUGAGACCGUCCGCAGAGAGGUACUAAAAAAUUCCACGAUGACACCAGUGGGCCCAUGUGCAAAUGCAUCCUCCUCUUCUGACAUACCAUACAUGUACAAAAUUUUAACCCAGCAUAUAAUACAUAGAAUAUUUGUAAUGGUAUUUAAACAACUGAACUGCCUUAAUGAAAAAAGUAUCUAUGACUACCUUAAGGAAGACACAAACAUACGUAGACCAAUGGUAUGUUUCACACGUAGAGAAAAAGACAUAUUGAAGAAUAAAUCCUUCCAGCCAGAAAAUGUGUCUAUCCAUCUCUUAUAUAAACUCCUGCCACGUGUGUGUGAUCUGUCAAGCCAUAAAGAGUGGCCUACAUCUCAAAAUACAAUAGAAUAUUGCCUUUUCUGCAUAAAGCAAGAGCAUGACUGCGCAGCAUUCCUAGAUGUGCAAAAAUUUGCAAACAACUCGCACAAGUUAUACAGAUACUUGGACAGAAUAUUGAGUAUGAUUGCAGAGAAACAUAAUAAAACAAAACAAGACAUUCUGAGAGAGAUGCCAGAUGAGCCAGUUUGUAUGGAUGAUUCCUUUCAAUUCUGUGAUGUUUUGUUCUCUCGUAUAUCUCAGCAGGCUGUUUUUUUAACUCAGACAUCACAAGAGCUUAGCUUUUCUCCAACAGCCAAAGAGCCAGGUCCCUCCUUUCGUGCACACCAGGAACCUGGCCCCUCUCAUACACCCCAGGAGCCUGACAUCUUUCACACAUGCCAAGCACCCACUCCCUCCACUCCAGAGAAACAGUUAUUGCCUAGUCAGACACCAUAUUCUUUCAAUUCUGUAACACCUGAAGAAGCUAAUGUUGUACAUUUAUUCAAAGCUUUAUGUCCUGGAGGAGUAGCAGCAAAGGUCAUGUGUGAGGUCUAUUUUGCUCUUUCUGGUGAUAUUGGUAAAGUUAAUAAGAAAUCUUUCACUGCUAUUGAACUGAACCAAGUGAAGGGAGAUAUAAGAGAGCUAGACAUUACCACACUAUAUAAACUUUUAAGGUUUGCAUGUGAUUUGGCUGCACCUGGUGAUGCUAUUUGGAUCACUCAAGGUGACACUCUUGAAUAUUGUCUCAACUCUGUAAAAACCAUGAGAAAUGAAUUGGCUCACAAGAUAAUUUGCAUUAGCAAUGAGGAUCUCAAGUCAAAGAUUCAGAAUUUAGAAUGCCUCUUAGAAAGUAUUUUGCUUAAAGCUAGUUCUUUAUCAAAGAAGGACUUAAAGGAUAAAAUUGACAACAUGAAAAAUGAAAUACAACCACUUGCUGAACCACCACCUUUCUUGCUUGAUAAAGAGAAUUACUUAACUAAGAUAAAAAUUCUCCAAGAAACAUUAGCAAGCCAGAUGGCGCAUGAUGCUGAAAAAGAGCUACUCAACCAGUAUAGUCUUGAUGCUUUCACAAAUAUUUCUCCAGUUACAUGGAGUUAUACUGACCAACAUAGAAAUAUGACCAUAGACAAGCUAUUUACAGAUUUGGAAAUUGUGGAUGCUGUUGAUGUGAAAAUUGGAAAUACAUUUUCCUUGAAAGAGAGAGUGUUUCCUGUGUUAUUAGAACAAAGUGAGGAGAUAGGGUCAAGAGUUAUUAUUGUACAAGGUGUUGCAGGGGCUGGAAAGACAUCCCUAUGUAAGUUCCUCAUUCAUCUUUGGACAACUUGUCAAAAACAUGUCAGCCAGAAAUCUGUUGAUUUACUAAUCUAUAUACAGUGCAGAUAUGUUACUACAUCUUCUAUAUCAUCAUACUUGAAAACCAUUUUGCCAAAGACAUUCAGGUGCAUUGAUAUGGAUGAUAUCAUUCCUUUGAUGCAGGAAUCAAGGGUGACGUUCUUGGUAGAUGGCUAUGAUGAAGCUCGCACUGAGGCCAAGGAUCUUUUAGAUGAUAUUCUCAAAUUUUUACCAGAAAGUAAAAUGAUCAUAACUUCAAGGCCACAGUGGGUACCAAAACUUAAAUCUAAAGUUAACCAAAUUUCCUCAAGUUGCAUGAAAGUACUCAGUUUGACAGGCUUCAAGAAUGACAAACGGAAUGAAUUUAUUCAAAAACUCUUUGAUGUUACACUAGGGGUAAAUCAACAGCAAAGAUGUAACCAGUUUUUUGCUUACCUGAAUAAACUGGGAGAACAGCUGGAGGUACUUACAGAGUUGCCACUGACUUUAACACUUUUAGUUAUGUUAUGGAUAGAUGACUGCAAGAAUGCUAUGGAAGCAAAGACCAUUACACAGCUCUAUAGAAAACUCAUAGAAUUUAUGCUGAAGAGACUCAGUUCCAAGCUCAACAUAUCUGAUCACGAACAAUGCCGGGAAUGGAUGUUAACCUUGGGAGAAAUAGCAUGGGCUAAUCUUAAAAAAAAUCAGCAUUACCUAGAUAAAAGAAAUGUAACUAAACUUAAAAGAAAAGCAGACAGCUUGCAUGUUGAUGGCAUGGCAGCAAUUUCAACAUUCUUGCAUUGUGAUAUCCAGAUUUCCCUUACCGAUUCUCAUGAGUUUUGGACAUUUGCACACAACUGUCAACAAGAAUUCCUAGCAGCCGAAUUUAUUGUUGAAGAUGUGAUAGUGAAUGAUAAAUCACUCAGAGAUAUUCUAGGAUUCCAUGGAGGUGAUGGAGAAGACAAGAAGCUACAGAGAUUAAUCCCAGUAAUAGAAUUUAUAACUGGUUUACUAUCCCAAGAAAAUGAGAUAACAAAAGAAAGGGCAAGUGAAAUUAUUCAGAUAGCUUUAGUACAGACACCAUGGUCUUUCAUUGCAAUGAGUCGUAUAGUUCAGGAUAUGUUAGAGACAAAUGUAGAAGCUAAAGAAAUCCUCAAAAACAUGUUUAAAGGACAAACAUUAUCAGAUUUCCUUGAUGGCUAUGACCCACAGAGUGUAAAGUGGGUCCUUGAGAACACAUCCUUAGGCAUCCCUUCUUGUAUUCGACUGAGAAACUCUGUUACUGCUGUACUCAAGAUGGAACCUUUAUUACAGCUACUAAAUAAGAAAUCUUGUCAUCCUGAGAUUAUCAUAUCCAUUGAUUAUGUUAAAAGUACUGAAAAGGCAAUAGAAUUUGUGAGGAAUCUUAAAGAGCCAUUAGGGACAUUCAUUCUGCUGACUUGGAACUCUCACUCACUCAUUGAACUCAUUAAAAAUUGGCCAUGGGAUCAAUCCUUGCAUUUGUCUUUUCCUUACGAAGUUUUCCCUCUUCUGUGGUGGGAACUUGUUAUAUGCCUGACAAAGCAAAAUAUUGCUGUUAAUACUCUUAUUUAUAGCUCCAGGAACCAAGAUUGUGAGAAAUUAAUUGAGGAGGGAGCAAAAUCUCUACACCUAACCUGUAAGACUGAUGAAUCACUGGAUGCUGGGGAUAUAAUCAUUUCAUGCUGAAACAUGAAAGAACAUGUCAAGACUGAAUAACCAUAAGCUUUUAUAGGCUAAUAUAUAAUGUUUUUGCAAAUUUAAACUAGAAAUGCUCUACUGUAAAUGUAAUUAAGAGGAACCUCUACUUGUGAGCGUGUCCACGUGCAAGUUUUUCCAAAUACGAGCAGUUGAUGGGUCGAUUUUUUGCUUCCAUACACGAGCAAAAUUUCCACAAGCGAGCAGACCUCAAGGCAGGUUCCUUGACACUGGUGAGGGGCUCUUGCUCUUGAUCUCGGGAAUUGUAUCUCAUUUGUUUGUUGGGCUAUCUUAUUGAAACUUGGGCAAUGUAGGAUGGAAAGAUGCUUCUUAACAUACACCAAAAAUGAAAGAGAUCUAAGCAUAAAUAAUGGAGUUCACUUCUCAGCAAUUAGCCACCCCUUAGCGGCAAUUUCGAAUGGUUUUUAUGGUUGUAUUCUCGUUUUUUGGUCUCAUUUGAUAGAAUGGAAGAUAUAUUACAGAAAUAGAUAUGAUUUUGAUUGCUUUCAUGAGAUAAGUACCUUGGAGAAAUGGUCCAUUGCUUGGCCAUUCCAGUAUGCAGUUGUGAAUGGGUUGACAUUAUUUAUACAAUUAAUGCAAUAAGGAAUAACAGUAAAUCUUAUAUUUUUUGUGUGAGUAAAAGUUACAAAUUAUAAUAAUAAUAAUAAUAAUAAUAAUAAUAAUAUGUAUAAUAAUAAUACGUUUAACAAUUGUGUAAUAAUAUAAUACGAGGUUUUGUGUGCGAGGGGCUUGGACUUCCAGCAGGCAUGCGUGAGCGUGUUUGAUAGGAGUGAAUGGAGACAAAUGGUUUUUAAUACUUGACGUGCUGUUGGAGUGUGAGCAAAGUAACAUUUAUGAAGGGAUUCAGGGAAACCGGCAGGCCGGACUUGAGUCCUGGAGAUGGGAAGUACAGUGCCUGCACUCUGAAGGAGGGGUGUUAAUGUUGCAGUUUAAAAACUGUAGUGUAAAGCACCCUUCUGGCAAGACAGUGAUGGAGUGAAUG